UUUUGAGUAAUUACCAAUUAUAGUGUCCACUGCCUUUAACAGAACGCAUUGAAUUCAGCAUUGCAAAACGAGACAAGCUGGAAAAGCAUACUAAUCUUAAUGGUAUGCUCAUGCGUUUAUUUUUACUGUUUUUUUUCUGUAUAAACUACAAUACACGACCGAUGAACGGGGGUCAACUGAUGAAUAGGGGGUCUAUACUAUAAAGUAACUCCAUGACAAAGUUAUAAACACUAUUGUUUUGUUAUUUUCUAAAAGUGUCGAGAAAUAUUAUGCCUACUGCUGUAAUGCAUGCUUUACACACAUCGAGUAUAAUAAUUUAUGUAAAACCAAACUAAUAUUCUUUAUUUCCGAUGCAAAAUUUAACAUCUACUAAAAACAUAGAUCUACAUUAGAUGCGAUAACGUAACCCUCCUCCCGACGGGUACGCCGUCAGCAGGGUUAAAAUAGUCGAGUUGUUGGCUAUUAUUUUGAUUCGCUCGUCCCCAGCGCCUUGCUUUAAAGACUGGCCGCUGGGGCCGAGCGAAUUAUUUUGAUGGAAGUGCCGACGUACCGCAAGCGGGCGCUAUUUUUUGUUUUCUUUGUAAGCGUUUGUCUACUGAUGACAGGACAGGUGUAAAUUGUAUUGUACAGGCACAGCACAGACCGCCUCGUAAUCACCUGCACAGUAGCUGUACAUUUUUGUAAGUUAAGUGAGCUUGGAUUUUCCCGGAGUAAAGGCAAGCAAUGUUAUGAGAGAUAAAGCAUGUUUUGUAACCGCAACAACACCAGAGAAAACAACACAAGCAAUACAUGUCUGCUGAGAGCUUCAAGCAACAACUUCAAAACCAUCAACUACUGGACAAAAACAUGAAUAGGGGGUUAGCUACAAGACAUCAUUUCCCUCUAUGGCAUCAGCUAAAGAGAUCCAGAUUCAAAGGCAUCAUUCUGGCCUUCAUUGCGAUUGCUUUAGUGUUGUGUUUUUUUUACCCGAGACUUUGGCGCAUUAAAUGGUGUUCAUCCACGACACUGUUCAGUAAAGUAUUCGUCAAGCAAAACCAGAACUUGACGUUGGUGAUCUUACCGAAGGAAUUAGCCGAUGAGAAAGGAGCAUACUGCCUAGACGGGGGUCCACCAUCGUAUUAUAUUCGUGAAGCCAAAUCAAACUCUACGCGGCACUCAUGGCUGGUGACACUUCAAGGUGGGGGCUGGUGUUGGAAUGCUUCGGAUUGUUACAAUCGUAGCCUCAGUCCACUUGGCUCCUCCUACAAACUGCCAGCCCAGACUCCAUUCUAUGGCAUCAUGUCGGCCAAUUACACAGUCAAUCCGGAAUUCUAUGACUGGAAUAUGGUGAUGAUUAACUACUGUGAUGGGGCAUCCUUCUCAGGUAAUUUGGAAGCACCUGUCAGAUACAACAACACCGCCGUCUACUACCGUGGGGCUCGAGUGCUGAAACUAGUCAUGGCCUACCUGAUUAACACGACAGGGUUACGAGUGGCUAAAAAAGUGAUACUAAGCGGUGUUUCAGCCGGAGGCUUAGCAGUGUACCUACAUGUGGACCAAAUUGGUAGCAUGUUCCCAGAGAAGGUAAACUUUCGUGGCAUCGUAGACGGAGGUUUCUUCUUAGAUGAGAAGAACAUCUCUAAUUAUCUUCACUACCAAGCCCACAUGAGGCAAAUCUUUGCCAUGCAGUUAGUUGAAGACAGCCUAAACAGGGGUUGUCUCUUUGCCGAAGGAAUCGACGAAUGGAAAUGCUUCUUUGCCGAGUACACGUACCCCUACAUCAAAACUCCCCUCUUCAUCAUCAACUCAGCCUAUGAUUACUGGCAGCAGUGGUUCAUCUUAGAUCUCCGUUGCCAUCCGCUCCAAUGUCCAGACAAACUCAAAUACCUCAAGAGGCAUCACACAAUAUUCCUCCAAGAGAUUCAGCGCGUGUACCAUCACCCGAAUGAUGGGAUGUUCAUCAGUUCUUGCUACGCGCAUAGCCACGCUUUUCACGACUCGACGUGGACCUCGUAUAAAGUUGGCGGGAAAUCUGCCAGGGAAGCUGUCGGAGAUUGGUACUUUGGUCGGACGCCCCCGGAGAGGUCCAGGUACACUGACUGUAACACGAAGUACAACUGUAACCCAACGUGUGCAAACUCAUGGACUGUAGAGUUUUACAAGAACACCACGGAUCGCAUGAAGAACACAACGUCAGAUUUUUUCUACAGCCCUCACAAAAGUGAUCAUCUUUAUGUGAAGAAGUAAUGGGAGACAGCUAGGGAUGCUACAAACCCGGCCAUAUCUCGUUGCCCCCCCCCCCUUUCAAUGUUGGUUCUGAUUGCACGGUCUUCUGCGUUCCAGUCAACAUUGAGCAGGGGUCGGGGGAGAGAAUGAUUAUCGUCAGUGGGAAGUGUACAGGGAAUGGUUUUCUGUUACGUUAGGAAUGGUUUGCCCAAGCAUUUUGGCCGGGAUUGUAGGUGGCGAUAGACUUGAGCUGCAUCUGAAGUGGCUGCUUCUUCUUUCCAGUCCAUCAUCUACUCUUCUAAUGUUUGGACAGGAUUGGGCGCAUCUCACAGCCUUCUUGUUUGCCGCAUCAGGUCUUCAAGUCAGCACUGCUCCUCAAGGGCUGGGCAUCAUGGUGUGGCAUAGUUUGGAGUGACGUGCCACAAUCACACAGUGUCAUUGGUAUACCCCCAUUGUUCAUGUUUGUCGUACAACGUCCAUCCCCUGUACGUAGUCUAUUGAAGGACUUCCAAGACUAGUUAAAACUAGCAAAUUGAAGAAAACAUUAUUUGAAGUUAAAUAUUUUUAAAACACCGUUGUCUUUCAAAAUUUCAUAGGUUUUUCAAAGAUUUCUUUUAGUGGACACUUAAAUUAGUAUGAACUUAAUAAAUACACCGCUUUUCAAUGCUUUAAAAUUGAUAUAAAACAGCAUAUUUUUAAACAUUACAGUAAGAAAAGUGUUAUUGUUAUAAACAACUCUUGUAUACACAUUAAAGUAAGGAACUUGUUGGUUAAAGCAAAAUGAAAACAAAACCAAAGAAAAACAUUCCAAUUUCAUUGUAUGCACUAUGUGUGUGUGUCACUUCUUAAAAAUGCAUCAACUCACUGGUUCAAGAAUUCACUCAUCUUCUGGCGUCUACAAAACCAAUGAAUACGCCCUUUUUUACAAGUUGUGUUUGUAAUUUCUAUGUAACUCGUUUUUUUCAAUUAAUACACCAAAAGCACUGCAUAAUCAGUACUUCCUGCGAGUUUGGUGAAAAAUAAACAUGUCACUCUUCUUAACUCGCGAUACCAUUAUAAAUCAAUACUUAAAACUAUCGUACCUAGUCGUUCAACAUGGUUCUCGUUAUGAUUACGGGUUGAUGUGUGUGAAGGAAAUCGUCAUUAAAUUGAUUCAGAUUUUUUUUUUUGCAAUUUAUCCCCUAGAAGUGCUUUCAUACAAAUUUUCUCGUAAUAUUUUUUUACCUGUUUGUAAAUAUUUUGUUGCACUGUUCUUUUUUUGUUAUCAUUUUUAAUGAUUGCAGCUGUUCUGUUGUCUAAUGCUAAUGAAACAUUUCUUGUCCAUCAUAAGGUAACAUUUUAUUAAAGGCAUUGAACACUAUUGGUAAUUGUCAAAGACUAGCCUUCACAGUUAAUGUAUCUCAACAUAU